AUGGAUAAAUGGAAAACAAACUCUACCGUGACUGAAUUCUUGUUCCUAGGGCUUUCCUCUGAGCCUGAGACACAGCUCAUUCUUUUCGUUCUAUUCCUGUUCUUCUAUUUAUUAACGGUGGCUGGGAAUGUCAUUAUCAUCACUGUUAUCCGGAUAGAGCCUCGUCUCCAAACCCCCAUGUACUUCUUCCUCACUAACUUGUCCUUUCUGGAUAUUUGCUACACCUCCACCAAUGUCCCACAAAUGCUCUCCAACAUCGGGGGGAGAAGGAAGACCAUCCCCUUCUCCAGCUGUGCUACUCAGAUGUACUUCUCUCUCGCCUUUGGGAUGAUUGAAUGUGUCCUUCUGGGUGUCAUGGCUUAUGACCGCUACGUAGCCAUCUGCCACCCUCUUCACUACACUGUCAUUAUGGACCGAAACACCUGUGUCCACCUGGCAGCCGUUUCCUGGUUUACCAGCUUCCUGAGUUCCAUGGUCAUCAAUGCCCUCACCUUGAGCUUGCCCUUCUGCGGGCCCAAUGUCCUGAAUCACUUUUUCUGUGAGGUGCCCUCUGUGCUGAGGCUGGCUUGCACUGACACUUCCCUUACAGAACUGGUUGUUUUCGUCUUCAGUAUCGUCAUUGUCUUUGUCCCUUUUCUCCUCAUUGUUGUUUCCUACGCCCGGAUUCUUCUAUCUGUCUUGAGGAUGCACUCGGCCUCCGGGAGGCACAAGGCACUGUCCACCUGUGCUUCCCACCUGACAGUGGUGGCGCUGUUCUAUGGCACAGCCAUCUUCAUGUACAUGAGACCCCAGUCCAAGUCCUCCCGGGCUGGGGGAAAGGUCAUUGCCGUGUUCUACACUGUGGUCACACCCAUGCUUAACCCUUUGAUCUACAGCCUGAGGAACCAGGAUGUGAAAAGAGCUCUGAAGAGAGCUCUUGUAGAACAGAGAGUGUGA